UGCUGCCUGUGGUGGAAAGUUUAAAAGAGAGUGUGUGUCCUGCUGUCCCUCAGCAGAAGCAUCAAUCAACAUGAUCCCCAUUGUGCUGGCCUCAGUGCUCAUUGCUAGCGCCCUUGGGUGCGGAACCCCACCCAUUGAGCCCCUGACUUCACGUGUGGUCAAUGGAGUGGAUGCCAAGCCCCACAGCUGGCCCUGGCAGAUCUCUCUGCAGUAUGAGCGGGGUGGUGUGUGGAGGCACACUUGUGGGGGAUCUCUGAUUGCUGCCAACUGGGUCAUGACUGCUGCUCACUGCAUCAACACCAAGCUUUCCUACAGGGUCUUUGUUGGCAAAUACAAUCUGGUUGAGGAAGAGGUUGGCUCCAAGGCGAUCCUGCCCGAGAAGAUUAUUGUCCAUGAGAAAUGGAACCCAAUCUUCGUGGCCCUCGGUAACGACAUCGCCCUGAUCAAGCUGUCUGAGUCUGUGACUCUGAGCAGUCAGGUGCAGUUGGGAUGUAUCCCUGCUGCUGGCUCUGUGCUGCCCAACCUCUACCCCUGCUACAUCACCGGCUGGGGCAGGCUGUACACCGGAGGCCCCAUAGCUGAUAAGCUGCAGCAGGCUUUGAUGCCUGUGGCUGACCAUGCCACCUGCUCCCAGCCUGACUGGUGGGGUAUUGCUGUCAGGACCACCAUGGUGUGUGCCGGUGGGGAUGGAAUUGUGGCUGGAUGCAACGGCGACUCCGGUGGUCCCCUUAACUGCAAGAACACCGAGGGCAUCUGGGAGGUCCACGGCAUUGCCAGCUUCGUCUCUGGCCUUGGCUGCAACUAUGAGAAGAAACCCACCGUCUUCACCCGUGUCUCCGCUUUCAACGACUGGAUCGACAAGGUCAUGAUGAGCAACUAGAGAAGACGAAGUGUCAAUAAAUAAAAAAAAGACCCCUGAAACUGCA